AUGACUAACGCUUUCAAGGAACACGAACGCGACCUUCGGCUUUCCAUUUACACCAUUAUCGUCGUCACAACUACAUGGGGUCCACCACUGCUUGGUGGGAUAACAUCGCGAGGCCAGACUGGGUUCGAGUUACAGUUCACAGUUCUCAGCUGCUUUUUUGUCCUUGCCGUCCCGGCCAUUGCCCUCGGUGUGCCCGAGACAGCAUAUGACCGCGCUGAUACACUACCUCGAAUUGAUGAGGGUAGUGAAAGUCCGUACAAGGAGUCCAUGUGUCAGGGUAUUCGACGGGACCGUAUCUUGGAUGCCAUCAACGACUACAUUGUGAAGAUGAAGCCAUAUUCCUACACCAGUGGAUCGGCAGAUUCGAUCACCCUGCUCGAAGCACCUCGUGCUUUCAUUGCACCUACUACAGUAAUUCUCUUUUUCACAUCCCUCUUUCCAUAUUCAUCACUGUGGGCCUUGAGCUCGACUCUCUCCCUUCUGUUCCACUCUGUCUACACCACAACCACCAUCGGCGUUCUUAUGACGGGUCCCUGGCUUCUCGCCACCGCUACGGCAACCGUCCUGACGCUCCUACCGUUCUUCAUACCUCGAUUACAGUCGCGAUUUCCCGUCUUGUCCUCUCUUUCAACGCAGUUCAACAACAAGGUCAUCACGGUUGCCAUCACAGCCGGUUCCUUCCUCUCCUUUAUCGGCAUCCUUACCUUUGGCCUUCAUACCAACGUGGGCAUUGACAAUGGCAAGAUUUCGAGUACGAACCUUCCAGCAAUCAGCUUCGUCCUCGGUCUCCUCGCUGCAGGGGCGUACGUCUUUGAUGCUAUCUCCCGUCCGUUGAUUGGGCUGAGCACUGCGUCAACGUCCUCCCCCGACAACCAGACUACUGCUACCAGACACGAAAACGAUAUGGCGGCCGGCGUGGCAUGUUGGAGGACCUUGUUUGCCGGCAUUCUGGUUAUUGCGGUUCCUAGUGGGAUCUCGAGUUCGAGUAGCGGUGCGGCUUUGUCGUCAGGGCAUGGGUUGAGAGAUAUGUGUAUUGGGUUUGCAGUGGUACAGACAGUUAUUGCGGCCAUAGUGGCGGGUGUGUGGUGGUUCUACGGGGAGGAGGUUAGGAGAUGGGAUGGGGUGGUGAUGAAGUUAGAGGAUUCAGGGACGGCGGGAAAGGGAUCGAAGGGAAGGGAGGGCAGUUUCUUUGAUACGGAUUAA